CAAAAGCAAAGUCCAAGACACCUUUCAAUCCCACCCGCCCACAUGUCAAUCACCCAAUUCACUUCAAUGAGCGUUGGCGCGCAACCAAGUCUCUGUCUCUUGUGCAUCUCUGCCUCUUAUCUGCUCUGUGGGGUUUGCUAUUAAAUGAGAAUGAAGUUUCAAAAAUCGAAAGAGCUAAAUGUUUAGCAAUAUUUAUUUAUAUGUGGGAUGAACAAUUUUAAAGAGGUUUUAGUGGCCUUGGAGAUGGUGAAGAAGAAGGAGAAGAAUGAGAAAAAAAGCAAGAGAUGGGCAGCUUUUUUGGGUGCUGUGGUGGUGGUGUUGCUAGCCACAGCACUCACCUCUACAAGAACUGCCUCUAAAUUCAACCUCUCUCUCUUUUUCAAGAACCCCAAUUCCUGCCACUGUCCUCAGGAUUCAAAAGGGUACACAGGCAUUGUGGAGGAUUGCUGUUGUGAUUAUGAAACAGUGGACAGUGUUAAUGCAGAAGUGUUGCGCGGCGCCCUCUUCUACAAGAGACUGUUAAAAUUCCAUUUUUCAGAUAUUUCAAGGCCAAGCUCUGGUGUGACUGUCCCUUUUGGACCGAAGACGGUAUCUGCUCUUGCGUGACUGCAGCAUCUGUGAAUGCCCAGAAAAUGAAUUUCCAGAAUCUUUUGUUUUGCGUAUGUCAAGUUCUUUUGCCACGCGGAAGAGGAUUUGUUGUCCCUGUUUUGCGUAUGUCCCUUGCCUUGGAGGGUGCCGUGCACCCCCGUAUGUCCCCCCGUUUUUCCUUCUUUCUCCUCCGAAGAGCUAU